AUGAACCCCCCAGGUAGCCCUCAAUUCCAGCUACCAAGCUUUCGUGAUGGAUUUGUUGGUGGUGGUAUGCAACAGCGCCCUAAUGGUUCGGGUUACGCACCAGACAUUCAGUACGAUUUUCCUGCCCAUUCCAUGGAUACCCACCAGCGUACACACGCCCCUCACGUCCCUCACAACUUUGGCCAUGCACAGCCGAAUGCAUCAGGAAGCUCAUUUCCAGCAGCCGAGCCCACUUGCAUCCCUCUUCCCGACGACGAAAAUGAUGACUUUCCUUCCCCUCAUCUCCUUCUCGGAAGGAUGGCCCGUCCUGCCAGUAAAGUCGCUGGUGUCCGCCGUUCCGAACCAAAGGGCAAGGGUAAGCAGAAGGCCAUCGACCUGCCAGUCCCUUCAGGUUCGGGAAGCCAAAAGCGCAAAUUAUCCACUCCCACACCUCAAUGUGCAGAUGUGAAGAAGCCUAGAGGUCGUGCAACCGGUGCCGCCAACUAUGUCUCUGAGGAUCUUGAUGGACUGUUCGACAUCCUCGAGGAGCACCUACCACUUGGUGGGAAAGCAUGGAACUCGGCUGCGGACGAUUACAAUCAAUGGGCUGAGGAGAAUGGCCGUCCAGCACACACCACUAAAUCGUUGGAAUUGAAGUUCAAGCAGCUGGUCAAAACGUCAAAGCCAACAGGCAAUGCUGAAUGCCCCCCUCACAUUCAGCGUGCACAUGAAAUUGAGAUGCUCAUGAGCGAGAAGGCUGGCUCUCGCGACCUUGACGACGAGGAUAUCGUCGACGCUAGUGAUGCCAUCAUCAUUACUUCCAACGAGGAAGAUGUUAAACAAGUUAAUGUGAAAGUCAAGGUUGAAAAACCUCGAGUUCCGAUUGCUCGACGCCCUCCUGCGGAUUGUAUUGCCACUCAAAAUACUGCUCGGAAUACAAGUCAGGACCUCCUUGCGACCAUCACCAAUGUGUUAGACCCAGACACACGACGGGCUCGCAAUGAAGAACAUUCCGUCAACGCUCUCCAGACAGGCCAGAUCUUCACCCUUACUAGCCAGCUUCGUGAAGCUCAACGGGUCGCUGACGAUCUCCGAAACCAGCUUAUGGAAGCAGAUCGUCAGCGGAAUGCUUCUGAGCGGCGUGCAGAUCGUGCAGAGCUCCUCGAAAUGAUGACAGAGAGACGUGGUGCACAAGUGGUCUCCCGGAAGGACCUUAGCCCUGGCUUUGCUCCUCGGGUAGGUUCACGUCGCCACUCCAAAGUUCACUCCCAACCCCGCAAGUGCCUCUAUCGUCAAGAAAUAACAUACGCUGGUGGAGGUAAGUCUGUCAGAUGGAUUGGUGGAUCUGACGACAACCAGGAUGAAGUCCAGGGCUUCAAGGACAGCCCUGGCACUCGUCGCAUCACAUACUACGAUGACGAUGAUUCUGACAACAGUGUUGAUCCCAUCAGGAAGCCUCACCGUCAUCGCGAUGUCUCCCCUCUGACUAUUCAGCCUCCAACUCCUUACAAUCCACCUGCAUCUGGCUUCGACAAUUCACAAUCAUCCGGCAAUCUCGCUGUGGGCGGUGGUUUCGACGCUGUUGUCACCCCUCAAUUACAACCACGUGUUGGUAUCUCACUUACCGUUUCUCCUCAUUGCCACUAUGCCGAUGACCUAACUACCCGUGCACGCGCAGAAGAUUAA